AUGGCGUUCAGAAUGAGGUAUUUGAAAUCCAUGACGAAUGCCUUCGCGGCGAAUCGAUCGUUUGCUUCUUCUACUGCUCCAAGAUUUUCCUCUGCUGGUGGUUCUACUCAUGUCAAUCCUAAGAAGUUGUCAAUGACUAAUGGGGAUAUGGCACCAGUGUAUGUAUUGGGUGGAACAUUAGCAGUGGCAAUAGGACUAUGCAUUUUCACAAUGAAACAACAAUUAUUUCAUGGUCCUGGAGUUUUUGUCACCAAAAAAAAGAGAGAAAAUCUUGCUGAAGUUGAUUUCCCAGAUGCAAUGGCUAGUUCUGGUACUAAGUAUAUUGACAAAUCUGUCUUGAGGAAAUUUGGAAGAAUUCAAGAGCCUAUUAAUUCUCAAUAUGACAUUGACCCUUACACAAGGUAUAGUUAA